UCAAUCCUUUUAUAUCUUUCUAUUAUACCUAGUUCACAAAUCCUUAAUCAGAUUCAGGGUUCAAUCCUCUUUCACACCCAGUUCCCCGACUUUGCAAUUGCGCAGAAACAACCCAUAAAUCUCGUUUCUUCUCAUUUCGGGUAUUGUUCCACCUUUCCUGAUCUGGGUUUCUUCCGGAAGAUUGAUUUGCGGACAUGGGAGGAUGUUUGAGCAAGAAACCAUCUCCACCAACAGGUGUAAACGGAGGUAGAUCAGACAGAGCUGUCCGGAACGAGCAAACCUAUCAACCGAUAAAUCAGAGUUAUGAAAAGCCAUCUACCCAUAAUAAUCAACCUCAAGGAUACCACCACCAGCCGCCGCAGCCGCAGCCGCAGCCGCCUCAACAACAGCCGCCACCGCCAAUCACUCAUCAGGAUAAGACGGCGCAUGCGAUUCCUAGGGCAGUAGUCCAACGGAAGGAUCCAGAUACUGUCCUAGAUAAGCCUUUAGAGGAUAUUAAGGUACACUACCGUCUUGGAAAAGAACUGGGUAGAGGUCAAUUUGGGGUAACUUAUUUAUGUACUCAGAUUUCAACUGGCCAAAGCUAUGCUUGCAAAUCUAUACUGAAAAGAAAGCUGAAAACUAAGCAGGAUAAGGAUGAUGUUAGAAGAGAGAUUAAUAUAAUGCAGCAUUUGAGUGGGCAACCUAAUAUUGUUGAAUUUAAAGGUGCUUAUGAAGAUAGACAAUCUGUUCAUGUUGUGAUGGAGCUUUGUGCUGGUGGUGAAUUAUUCGAUAGAAUCAUAGCAAAAGGUCAAUACUCUGAAAGUGCUGCAGCUGCAAUUUGCAGGUCUAUUGUUAAUGUGGUUAACCAUUGUCAUUUCAUGGGAGUUUUGCAUAGGGAUCUGAAACCCGAGAAUUUCUUGCUAUCAACAAAAGAUGAAGCUGCCACUCUUAAAGCUACUGACUUUGGAUUAUCAGUCUACAUUGAAGAAGGAAAGGUGUAUAAUAAUAUAGUGGGGAGCGCUUAUUAUGUCGCUCCUGAAGUUUUACGUCGUAGAUAUGGAAAGGAAAUAGAUAUAUGGAGCGCUGGAAUCAUACUUUACAUUUUACUUAGCGGCGUGCCUCCUUUUUGGGCUGAAACGGAGAGGGGAAUAUUUGAUGCUAUAUUGGAAGGAAGUAUUGACUUUGAUAGUGAUCCGUGGCCUUCUAUAUCGGAAAGUGCGAAAGAUCUUGUCAGGAAAAUGCUGACAAAAGACCCCAAGAAGAGGAUUACUUCUCAACAAGUUCUUGAGCACCCAUGGAUCCGAGAAGAUGGAGAGGCGUCAAACAAGCCAAUAGACAGUGCUGUGCUCACUAGAAUGAAGCAGUUCAGGGCAAUGAACAAGCUCAAGAAACUCGCAUUGAAGGUCAUUGCUGAAAACAUGUCAGAAGAAGAGAUCACAGGUCUUAAAGCCAUGUUUGCUAACAUAGACACUGACAAUAGCGGAACAAUCACCUAUGAAGAGUUGAAAACCGGGCUAGCUCGUCUCGGUUCAAAGCUUUCCGAAACUGAAGUCAAGCAACUGAUGGAAGCUGCUGACGUGGAUGGAAGUGGAUCUAUAGACUAUAUUGAAUUUAUUACUGCUACAAUGCAUAGACAUAGAUUGGAAAGAGACGAACAUCUUUUCCAAGCUUUCCAGUAUUUCGACAAAGACCAUAGCGGUUUCAUAACAAGAGAUGAAUUGGAACAUGCGAUGAAGGAGCAUGGAGUUGGUGAUGAUGUGUCCAUAAAAGACAUAAUAUCGGAGGUCGACGCUGAUAAUGAUGGGAGGAUCAACUAUGAAGAAUUCUGCACAAUGAUGAGAAGUGGUGGACCAAAGCUGCCAGGGCAGCAACAUGGUUCAAUCUUGUAAGUUGUAAACAUAGAAAAUGUUCAUGGCAGUUCAAUGUGGAUUCCUGAAAGCUGGCCAUCGGUUUUGGUUUGUUCGAGUUCAUGUUCAUUAAUGGUGUCGAGGCUAUGUAAUGUGUUGUGAAGUUUCUCUCGUAUGCAUAGUUCUUACUUCUUAGCAUUUUAUAUGUAAAAUUGUUGACUAUUAUUGUCUUUUAACUUAUUUUAAUUGAUGGAUUGAUAACAAAUGAGAGACAAAUAUCUCUUGAACAUUAUUUUUU